AUUACUUACAAAUUUCAUAGCUGGAGCAUCAUUAAAAAUCUUCGGAGGGGCCAAAAUAGGAUUUUCCAUAUCUUUGUUGAGAAAUUAUGAAGCUGUAAAGAAUCCUUAAAAGCUCAAGGGGUCGGCGGCCAGGGCUGCUGUCAGCAUAGGCGGACCCAUGUUUGGAGCACAAAUUUUCUGACCCUGUUCUGUGACCCGUUUAGUGGCCCUCUUAUAAUUUAAUGCCACGUGUAUGAUAGGUUUUUAAUUGUUAACGUCAGCUGUUAGGUCAUUUGUACUGCCGUUUAGUAGUCUAGGUUAAUAUCAACCCUAUUUCUUUAAGAGGCAUGGAUUCCAAAUAAAUAAAUAAUAAUAAAAAGAGAGAAAAGAAAGUGGCGGUGGGCAAAUUUGAAAUAGAAAUUCAACAGAAACACGUAAUCUAAAAGCUGAGGAAGCUGGAGAGGUCAAAUCACAUACUUGCUGCCAAAGGCAGUGGCCAAGGCUUUUGUCUGCCAAUAGAGAUGCCUGCAAAAUAGGAUUCUCUUCCCACGGCUAUAAAAACCGGGAGAGAAGCACAAUGAAAGAGGGGAAGAAAAAAGAGAGAAGAAAAAAUAGAUUUCUGUUGGUUCUAGAAAUCCCCAAAAAAAAAAAAAAACCAAGAAAACAAAAAAUCCCUAGUUUCUAGCAGUCGGCAUUAUACCCAAAGAUCUUCAAAAAAAAAAAAAAACCAAAAAAAGAGAGAAAGAAAAUCAAAAAAUAUUCUGGAGAGAAGGGUUUUAUUUAGGGCUUCUGUGAUUUAGGAAGAAAAGAAGAGUUUAGAGGGGUGAGAAAAGGGGAGAGAAGAUCAGUGUUUGAGUAGUGGAGCAGCGGUAGCCUAGGGGUAGAGGUUUUGGUUUGGAGAGAAGAAGGGAGGCUGGAAAAACAAACAAAAAAAAAAAAAGGAGAGAGAGGAGAAAGGCGAAAAGAAGCUGCGGGGAAGAAAGGAAAACGAGUUUUAAGUUGGGCAUUGUAGAAACGACGCCGUUUAAUGGGAGAUAGGAGAGUCAAAGGACGUCGCGUUGGAGGACUUGUUUUGCUGCACUAAAUGGUGCAUUUGGAGUUUGAAAGUGAGCUAAGAUUGUGAAAUCCAAUUACACUCUUCCGAAGCUUGAUUUGUUGAACUCUUGAGACAAGCCCGUGACCUCAGCUGGACCUAGAGAACAGGCCUUGAAGCAGACCCUUGGUUUUGGUACUUUGAGCUCCGCCCGUGAGCCCUCCAUCAAACCCAAGACUCUGAGGCAAUUUCUGCCCAAGCUUAGAGACUAAGAGAGAUUGGAACAGCGGCUCGUCAGAUCGGAUAGGGAAAAAUGAAGAAACAAGAAAGUGUUUUUCAGACACACGUACUGGUUUUGGCAUUGCCUGGCCAAGGCCACAUCAAUCCCAUACUACAGUUCUCGAAACGCCUGGGUUCCGAAGGACUGGAAGUCACACUAUGCACUGCCUCUGUUAAUAAGUCUAUGCCUGUCCAAGUCGGUCCUGUAAAACUUGAGCUAGUUUGUGAUGAGCUUCAAGUAGACAAUGAUAUACUUGAACGCUUCAAGGCAGUUGUGACCCUAAGACUACCACAGAUCAUCGCGAAACUAGGCAUAAGUUGCCUAGUUUAUGACGCACACUUCCCCUGGGCGCUCGACAUAGCCAAAAAGCUGGGCCUCCCUGCAGCUGCAUUCUUCACUCAAUCAUGUGCAGUUGAUACCAUCUACUACAACGUCCAUGAAGGAUUGGUGAAGCUUCCACUUGCCGAGUCCUCUUUGUCCAUUGAUGGCUUGCCACUGCUUCAAGGAUGCGACCUGCCAUCAUUUGUUUAUGAUAUAGGAUCCUAUCCAGCCUUCUUACACACGUGUGUUAAUCAGUUCUCAAAUUUCAUGGAAGCUGACUGGGUCUUUAUUAAUACUUUCACUAGCUUAGAAGAGGAGGUACUUAACUGGAUGGCCAGCCAGAGACCGAUCAAGGCUAUUGGACCUGUAAUUCCAUCAAAGUACCUAGAUAAACGAGUGGAGGAUGACGAAGAGUAUGGCUUACACCUCUUCAAGCCGGAGAUCGACAUUUGCAUUAAUUGGUUAAACUCAAAGGAAACUGGCUCAGUUGUUUAUAUAUCAUUUGGAAGCCUGGCGGCCUUAGGAGAAGAGCAAAUGCAGGAGUUCGCAUCAGGCCUACAGAGCAGCAACAGCUACUUCCUGUGGGUAGUUAGAGAAACUGAACAGAAAAAGCUUCCUGCCAGCUUCAUUGGCGAGACUUCAGACAAGGGGCUGGUAGUUUCAUGGAGUCCUCAAUUAGAAGUUUUGGCUCACGAGGCUGUGGGUUGCUUCAUGACUCACUGCGGUUGGAAUUCAACGCUGGAGGCGUUGAGCUUGGGGGUGCCUAUGGUAGCAGUGCCGCACUGGACAGACCAAACAACUAACGCAAAAUAUGUUGCGGAUGUGUGGCAGGUCGGAAUCAGAGCUAGGAAGGAUGACAAAGGGAUCAUCACCAAGGAAGAGAUACAACGGUGUAUAAGGGAGAUCAUGGAAGGAGAUAAAACUAGGGAUAUUAAAAGGAAUGCAGAGAAAUGGAAGACACUAGCGGUGGAGGCAGUUAAUGUCGGUGGAAGCUCAGACAAGAACAUAAGAGAAUUCGUAGCAAAACUUACAUGCAAUUAGCAGUCAAUUACUCUAAGUUAGUAAGUGCACCAUGCACAUUCCCCUUUAGCACUACAAUAAGAAAAAGAAAGUGCAAGCGCAACGCCCACUCUCCACCCUGUGUAUUUCCAUCCUUUCUAUUUCUGAAAAACAGAGUACAAUAGUACUUAUCCCAAAUGAAAUAAUCAAGCAAAUUAAACCAUUCGUAA